AUGUUUUAGAAGAUAAUUAGAGGACAGCUAUAAGGAUUUUAUGCAUAAAAGUGGUCUAUAAUGACCCUCCAAGAUCUUCAAGGAUGCUUAAAAUUGCUUGAUGGAAAGCAAGUAAGAUGGUCAUAAGAAUUAGAUAAUGUUAGUUUUCUGAUAGUAAUAUAUUUGCUUCUGAUAGUAGAUAAGUCUAUACGUCUAUGGGAAGUCAAAACAGGAUAAUAAAAAUAAAAGUUAGAUGGUGAUAGAUAUUAUGGUUGAUCACUCUGCUUCUCUCCUGAUGGAAAUACAUUAGCAUCUGGUAGUAAUGAUAACUCUCUUCGUCUAUGGGAUAUCAAGACAGGAUAAUAAAAAGCCAAAUUAGAUGGUCAUAUUAGUACUAUCACGUCAGUCUGUUUCUCUCCUGAUGGAAACACUUUAGCUUCUGGUAGGAAUGAUAACUCUAUUCUAUUAUGGGAUGAUAAGAAAGGAAAAGAAAUUUUUCCUGCUGACAAACUUUAUUAAGAUCUUUUUGUCAAACUUAAAGCACCACUAUAUUAAAACAAUCCUCUACAAUAUAUUUUUUAUUAUUAUUUUUUAGUAUCCAGCAAUAUUACAAUUCUACAAAUAUCUCAAACAAAAUUAUUUUAAUUAUAAGGAACGUUAAUCUUUAAAGGAGAUUAUGUAAAUUUUGAGGGAGACGAUUUGA